UAGUGAUGCCAUUAAGGCUUAGAAAGAUAGAUAGAAAGAAGUUCAGAGAAGCCGAAAUCGAAAAGCUCGACUCGAUUUGAAUCGAAUGGGAUUUGCGUUUUCUUCUUCUUCUUCUAAGGCCAAAAGCUCUAAAGAGUUUUGGGGUAUGGGGCUUCUUCUGGUUUUCUUCCCCGAAGAUAAUUCUGCCAUUGUUGACAAAAACAAGCUUUUCUCUUCUUCUCCUUCUUCUUCACCAAACUCUUCUAUUUCCGCUACUUCUGCUCCAGUAAUCAGAAGAAGCAAUUCAAAUCGUCUUCUCACCAAAGCUCAGUCCACCAUUUCAAUCUGUGCUCUCCUCGUCUUCAUUACUCUCCUCCUCUUCACACUCUCAACUUUCGAACCCAACAACCGAACUCACCAGCCCAGAAGAUUCCUCACCCAAAACCCAGAAAAUCUCUCCAAGCACAAACCCAGAACCGGCGCUGCUUCGAGCCGUGAUUCUCUCUUCUCCUCGUCCCCAUGGUUCGGCAAAAUGUGGAAGCAGAAACCCAAAUUGGGCUCGAAGAAUACUCGUUUCCCGGCUGCGCUUCAAGGAUUGGGGACUCUAUAUCGCCGCGGGACCAGAGCCAUGGCAGAUCUCGCCGUCGGCCACGUCCCCGACGAUUUAAAAGAUGGCGAGCUUCGCUUGUUUCUCAGAGCCCUCCACAGGUCCGGACUCACCGCUCGAGCCGACGUCGUUUUUUUGUUCGGGUCAAACUCGUCGAAGUUCGACUCCGUGAUUCGGGAGGAGAACGAGUCGUUUUUUAAGCUGGUUCACGGCUACAAGCAUUUGAACAAGACGAGCCGGAGACCCACUUCGAGCUUCGACGUGACUCAGUUCAAGGCCGGAAAGAAGGAAACUGGGGAACCGCUAUGGGGCAAGAAAAGCCGGAGUGGUAACAGCAGCAAUAAUAGUAACAACAACAGUGAUUCGGGCGAGUCGACUCAGUUGAGUUAUGGGUCGGUGCUGGGUUUCGAGGCUUCGGAACUCGACCCGGAGAACUCGCUCGCCGGUUUUUUAGACCACGUUCCGCUGAGCAUGAGAAGAUGGGCAUGUUAUCCGAUGUUAUUGGGCCGAGUUCGGCGCCAUUUUAAGCACAUAAUGUUAGUGGAUGUGAACAGUUUGGUUGUACUCAGUGACACACUCGGCCUGGUCAGGAAUCGGAGCCCCGAGUCCGUUUUUCUAUUCACCAAACCGGACAGUUCCAAGCACGGGAAGAAAAACUCGGACAAAACCCAGUCUCAUUCUUCCGUCACUUCCGCCGUCGUAGCCGGCGGAGCUCGGGGCAUUCGGCGGUUGUCGAAUGCCAUGCUGAUGGAGAUAGUCAGGGCCGCGACGACGACCCAACAACACAAGAAGAAGAACUCACUGACUGAGUCGGCAAUUCUCAACCAACUCGUUGGGAACGAGUUUUUACUCAACAACGUGAAGGUGAUCAAAUCGGUUGACUCGGUCCCGGACCCGAGUUCUUUCGCUCAACUCGGUCAUAACUCGGGUGGAACUCACUCUGUGGUGCAUCGUGGUAAUACUAAUAAUGAUCGUGAACUUAUCAAUUCUAUUAUUACGAAACAAAUAUGUUCAUCUCAAUUAGAUUCUUCUGUUUAUAGUGAUUGCUAGCCAAAAAAUUUAGAAUAAGGUGAAGUAAAAAAACAAAUAGAAAUUUUUAAUAAUAAUGUUAUAAUUUUUUAUUUAUUUUAUUUUAUUUGUUUUUUAAAAUUUAUUUUAGUCUAAAGGAUAUUUCAUCCCAAGUUUUGUUCUUGAAUGUAUAUAAUAUUUCAGGAAUGUAAA